GCAGAGGGCACCGGAGGGUCCUGCCACACCCUAAAUGCUCUGUGCCCGGAGCCACCAGCAGAGGGCGCCGGAGGGUCCAGCCUCCUCCCAGCUGCCCUGUCCCCGGAGCCGCCAGCAGAGGGCACCAGAGACUCCAGCCACGUCCCAGAUGCCGCGUCCCCGGAGCCUCCCGCCGUGGCCACCACCUACCAGGAGCUGACGAGCCCCCGCGCCAUCGUGGGCCGGCUAUGCGGGGUGCUGGGCGUGGCCCCAGUGCCUGGCUGGGACCAGGUGCCCAGGGCCGUGGCUGGGCUGGGCCUGCAGGAGUUUGCCAGCUUCGUGACCCGGCGCCGCAGCUACCGGCUGGGGGGCCUGCGGGUGGACCUGGACCAGGCGGAUUUCGGCUACGCCGUGGCCGAGGUGGAGGCCCUGGUGGGGGCCCAGGAGGACGUGCCGGCGGCGCUGGAGGAGGUGCUGCAGCUCCGGCGGGCACUGGGGCGGGACGGUGCCACCCGUGUGCCGGGCAAGAUGAGCAUCUACCUCCAGCGGCAUCGCCCCCGGCACUACCAGGAGCUACUCCGGGCGGGGGUCCUGGCCGGGAACCCGCAGCCGCCCCCCCAUGACAACGCUUCCGAGCCUGAGACGCUGGCCACACGGGGCCCCUCCAAAGUCAUGGAACUGGUGGGGGGGCCGGAGGGCGAAAUGGGGCCCCCUAGCGCCGGGGGGGGGAGAUUGGGCACGGACCGGCCCCCUAGCGCUGGGUGGAGAUUGGGCAUGGACUGGCCCCCUCCGCAGCACGGCGCCCCCUAGUGCUGGGGCGGGGAUUGGGCACAGUGCCCCGUAGCACUGGGGGGAGAGUGGGCACGGACCUGCCCCCUCUGUAGCACAGCACCCCC